AGACUAGGUUGGAAGGAUCCUUAUUUGCUUGACUACCCAAAUUUUGCUUUUUAUCUUCGCAACUCCAAUUACUUCUUACUUUCUUUGUGAUGCAGGUCGUGGGUAUUGAAGCAAUUCGUUGACAAGUUACCGAGCUAUUUUGUAGUAAGCAGACUAACUACAUGUACAUGAUUUUAGAUUAUCGAUAUCAGGACUAGAACAUCUACAUCAUCAACCGUAUCCGUAACGUCAAGCGACUAUAGCCUAGCAAAAAGAUGCCGGUGCUCGGAAGAGGCGGGGACCGUUUGUACCUUGGGCGAGGGCUCCAGGAUGUCUCGGAGGGUGACCUUUUUGUCGCGGUCAGCGACGCGAUGUCUGCUCGUUUUGACUUCGUGUCUUUUCCUCUCGGAAGGAGCACGAUAAGGAAAGAUCAAGGACAGGAGAUUGAUGCAGGAAAGGAACAUCAGGAUAAUCAUGGAGGUGACGAGUUGGCUGCGAUCGAAGCUGAAACGCAGUCGAUCUCGACGAGAUUUGGUGCUAAAGGAGACGAAACGGUGUUGACGUUUGCGCCGUCGAUUUCUUCAGACCUGGUCAUGGAAGGCAGCAUGUGGAGCAGCUCUGUCGUUGGCGUUUGUUCGACUCAUUUAGACCCCGAGAACGGCGUAGCAGAUGUCAAAGCGCUUGAAACGGAAAUGUCGUUCGGCUGCCACCUAGGUCUCUUUGCGCUGCAGUUGCCGCCACCGAACCCACAGGGCUGUGCGCGUUACGCAGCAAUGCUCAAUCGUUAUUUACUGUCGCGCGAGACUGCUGGCGUGCCUCUGGUAGUGCGCGUUCCGCUUCGGUAUACUGUUUCAAAAAUGCCGAAAGAAGGGCAGAAGGAGAACGAUGAAAUAGUAUCUGUAGACGGUUGGAGUGUGUGGAACCAGUUCCGGAGCCUGAUCGAGGAGGCUGAGCAAUUGGCCGUUUGCCUGGUAGUUGACGCCGGUUCGCCUGCUGGUCUCGGAGGCUCCGACGUGGAGCUAGACCGAUGGUAUGCAGAGAAUGUGCAUUCCAUAGAGCUCGCGCCGUCAGCAUUUACAAACAACGCCAAAGACUAUCCUGUGUUGUCCAGACGGUUACAAAGCUUUCUAGGAGGUUUCUUCCCGCGCAAAACCAGAAUAAUUCUGAAAGACGACGAGCUGGAGAUGAGCACGGAUUCGUCGUUCACAAGAUCGACAAGUCGUGAUAUUCCUGAGCGCAAAGUGUGUGGUCAGUCUCAAGACGGCUGUAGCCCGGCAAGCACGAAAAGCAGCGAAGGCGAGACGAUCUCACCGGAAAAAGCUAAAGAAGGUUCACCUGCGAGGGUUGUUGGUGUGGUGGAUGGCGAAGUGCUAAAUAACGGGUCACUCGUUCUGCCGUCGGCCCACCAGCGCCAGGAUAUGUGCCGACAGUACCUUGGCGGCUUGUAUCAACGGAGAUGCCCACCGGACGUGAAGCAACGUUUCCAGAAAGCAUAUCUAGACUUCUUACAAGCGCCGUUGCAGCCACUACAUCAUCAUCUAGAGAGUCAAACCUACGAGACCUUCGAAGAAGAUCCUGUAAAAUAUGUACUCUACGAAGAUGCCAUCAAGGCAUGCAUAUGGGACAAGCUGGCUGCCGUAGCAUUAGUUCCAGAUUUUGCCACCCACGAAGCUGAAGGGGUUGUUGAGAAGAUGAAGGCUACUGUCGAAGAACAAGAAGGAGGCUCAUGCAGUAGCAGUUCCUGCUCUGUAAAGAUAGCAGAUCCAAACGAAGCAGGAGAAUGUGUAUCCGGACCUUCGACAACAGGCACGAGUUCUCUGACAGCAAUCCAAUCGCGCAUCGCUCUGCAAGAUUUCUCGCAAGCCUUUCCUUCUGAUGAUCCGCUCGUCUUGAUGGUUGUCGGCGCCGGACGUGGUCCUCUCGUUCAAGCCUGUCUUAAUUCGGUGGAAUUCUUCCAGAACAAAAUUUUUUCCUCUACUGCUACGGGAGACGAGGCCUCUUCUAGUAAGGCACCGAAUUUUCGCGUGUAUGCUGUAGAGAAAAACCCAAAUGCAGUAUUGACACUGCGGCACCGAAAUCGUUCUGAGUGGGCCAACGCUGUGGAGCUGAUAGGCCCUAUGGACAUGCGGAACUGGCAGACGGACGCUCGAGCAGACGUCAUGGUGUCAGAGCUCUUGGGUAGCUUCAGCGAUAACGAGCUAUCGCCCGAAUGCCUGGAUGGCGCGCAGCGCUUUCUACGUGGCUGCACUGAACAUGGAAUCAAUGAGCCGUCAUAUUACUCAACAGAUAACACCAAAACUAGCGACGCAGAGACCACAUUAUCGCAGGUAAGCAUGAUGACGCGGCGCCGAAAAAAUCUUAUCGGCACAAGCAUCCCGCAGCGAUAUAUCAGCACACUGCAGUUGAUAUCAUCGCCAAAAUUGUGGCAAGGCUUGAGAAAAAGCACUUCGAAGUUGGAACAGGGCUACGUGGUUGCCUUCCAGGAAGUUUUCCCGAUCUCAAGCUCUGAGCAUUGCCUGGAAUACGUACACCCGAACCCACGAAUCUUUGACGGCCACAAUGAUCGAUAUUGCGAAAUCACGCUCAAAGCUGAGGUAAACUUGAUGACGAAUUAUGACGAGCCUCCACAAGCUUCGCCCGGCUUCAAAUUCUUCACCUACUUCUUCUUCGCCCGCGGGCUACAGCUAGAGACAGCUCGCGGGCGGGGUAGUGCGUCUCGAUGAUUUGACUUUGGCGAGACUGCUGGCACUCACAUACUUAGCGACGUCGAUCCAGGGGAAGACGGGCGGGCUGCUUUCGAUUUUUUAUUGGACUGCCGGGGGGUCACGCAGAUUCCUCAGAGUUUGCAAGACACUCACGGCAGUCCAACAAAAAAACUGGAAGAGAACCACCAGACACGCAUAAGGACCCGCAGGGCCCAACCCAGGGCCCACUCCGCGAUGGCAGGCAAGAGGGAGGGCGGGGGGACCUUGGCGGGCCAAGAAAAAGCAACGCAUUGCCGCGCUGGCUGGGUCUCUCUACGUGCAACCGUUGCGACUCUCUCCUUCGUCUUUCGUCGGUCAGAGAGGUGUCGUCCGCAGGAGGGGCGUCAGCCUCGGCUCUCGGAAGCCCGACGCCCUUCGUCAGGCCGUCUAUCUUUCUUCUAUCGUCAGGCCGACGUCUUUCGUCUGGCCGACGUCUUUCCUCGUCAGGCUGAUGGCGUUUCGUGUCGUCGGUCAGAUGUCUCUCGUGAGUCUUCUUGCGUCAGACUUCUAUACCCAACUUGCGCCCCUACCCCCUUCGGGAAUUUUGGCGGCUUCUUUCCGGGGGCCUUCUCGCAAGUUUCUGGAAGGAAACGGUCGGAGGCUGUCGGGACUCGUUCUGGCGUGGCGGAGAUUAUAGGCAAGCAUCUUGAGGAAGAUGCGGACUAAUCUCCGUUGGGGUAGGGGCGGAGUUUCGGUUCGGUGAUCACUGGGGUGAUUAAUAUACAUAGAUGAACGAUAUACUUUUUCUUGCAAUGUUUUAGGCCUCUCAAUUAUCCUAAUUAUAUAUGAAACGUAUUAGUAGAUAUCAAACCUGUGCUUGUUGAAUUUACCGCAUUAGUUACUUUUCGCCAGGAUGCCGUCUUUUUUCUCGACCACUCGGCAGAAAUGCUGAGAUAUGGAGAAGAACUGCAUUUUCAAAUUAAGCCGCAGUCUGAUCUUCGAUGGAUUUAUUUUAUACUGACUACUCGAAUCUGCUGGUGUUGUCCAACGACAACUACGUAUCAGAGAAGUAUCCACUGUUCGACACCAGUCAUGUUCAUGUUUGUUGUUGUGCAAUCCAACGUCCUUGAAAUCACAGGCCGACUCCUUAUGUCACGGUUUCGCAGCGUACUUCCACUCCGAUUUGUAUGUUUCCGAAUCUGGCGAAACGAGAGUCGAGAUGAGCAUUGAUCCAGUGACUGAAACUGACGAGCUGAUCAGCUGGUUUCCCAUGUUUUUUCCGCUAAAGCAGCCAUUGUCGUUGCGCAGUGGGGAAGAAGUAAAAGUCGCAUUAUGGCGGCUCUCCGAUGCGCGACGCGUGUGGUACGAGUGGGCAGUCUUGAGUCCCUUGUGUGCGGGUGGAGGAGUGCACAAUCCGGGCGGCCGAAGUUACAGCAUUUACAAGUGAAGCUGAAGGUAGGGAUACUUUCUUUUUCCUUACAGGAUUGGUUGGAUAUUCUUUUAAUAUAUCGCCAGACUUACCAACAAAGGGAAGCCAAAAUUCCUUGGGCGUGCUUAAACCUAGCUUUCCUAAUUAUAUUCCCCCUCUUAUACUACCCUGGGAAAUCUCAUCUACACAAUCGGUUUC